AUAUUGGCCGGAUGAGCUUUAUCCGGACCCACUUUGAACGGACCUGCGCGUGGGUUGCGCAGCCGCCAGAAGAGGGCAUUCGGAUUCUGCCUGGUUAAAGUUGCUCGGGGAUGCAGACGCGCGGCUGAACACCAGCGUCACGCCGAUUGAACUGCGUUCAAGGAAGGCAAAAAAGGUGGAUAUUUGAAUACUGGAUUAUUUUGUCAGUUUUUGCGUUGACUUGUGGGGAAAGCAGCGGGACUUUGCUCUGUGCGCAAUGGGCGGUCCAGAGUGAGCAUCCCUCCUGUCAGACGACACCGAGCUUUUGCCCUGCACGGGAGUGCAAUCUAAGGGCUGCUUUUCGGCGAAAAUCGAAUUAUGUUGCGUUAAUUGAGGGGCUCCCCGACGGGGUUCGUGAUGAAUCUUCAGGUGCAUGAAGAGAUUGCCACGGUCCACUUGGAUGGAACUGCGCCUGCUGCAGUGGGUAAUUCUUGUUGUCUCCAACUUGGACACGGCUGUUGUUUUUGCAGCAAACGCAUGGACGUGGAAUUUUGAAUUUGGACUUCCAUCAAAUCUAACGAGUCAUCCUAAAAAGGAAGUAAAUGUGCCGUGUUGUGCGUUUAUAAAGGCACAUUUGAACCGGACUGCACACCCAAGUCUAGGAGAGGAAGCGGGGGCAGGUGCGCUCAAACCCGGCCAGUGAAUUAGGACGGUACCUGUUAGUGGACAUGCGGAUCCGAAUCCAUUAACUGGACUUGACAGAUAACGCGGAUAUGGGCUCUGCUCUGCAACGUCGUUGGAUAAUACUCCAACUGCUGAUGCAGGUGUGGCUCGCGGCAAGCCCGGCUCAAACAGAGCGUCCAUGCCCAAAGAGCUGUCGCUGCGAUGGCAAAAUUGUGUACUGUGAGUCAAGUGCAUUCCGUGAUGUCCCCAAGAACCUCUCAGGAGGUUGUGAAGGCCUGUCGUUAAGGUACAACAGCCUCGUCAACCUUCGAGCCGGCCAGUUCGUUGGCCUGAACCACCUCAUCUGGCUCUAUUUAGACCACAAUUACAUCACGGUUGUAGAUGGCAUGGCAUUCCAGGGAGUUCGCAGGCUAAAAGAACUGAUCUUGAGCUCCAACAAGAUCACUUCGCUUCACAACACCACGUUCCAUCCUGUACCUAAUUUGCGUAACCUUGAUCUGUCAUACAACAAACUGGAAGUCUUGCAGCCAGGCCAGUUUCAAGGACUACGGAAGCUUCUCAGUCUUCACAUCCGCUCUAAUUCACUCAAGAUUCUUCCACUGCGUCUCUUCCAAGACUGCAGGAAUCUUGAGUUUCUUGAUCUGGGUUACAACCGCUUGCGCAGUAUCACUCGGAAUGCACUUUCUGGCCUAGUCAAGCUCACAGAGUUGCACCUGGAACACAAUCAAUUCUCAAAGAUCAAUUUUUCACAUUUUCCUCGUCUCUACAAUUUGCGGGCACUUUACCUCCAGUGGAAUCGCAUUCGCUCCAUGAGCCAGGGCCUCACCUGGAUUUGGGUUUCCAUCCAAAAACUUGACUUGUCUGGGAACGAUCUGUCAGAACUUGAUGCUGCCAUUUACCAAUAUUUGCCCAAUCUACAAACCCUCAAUCUGGACUCCAACAAGUUGACUAAUGUGUCCCAAGAGGCGGUUGAUGCCUGGGUUUCCGUCACUGCAAUUAGCUUGGCUGGGAAUGUUUGGGACUGUGGUCCAGCCAUUUGUCCUCUUGUCUCUUGGCUGAAGAAAUUUCGGGGUGCAAAGGAGACCACUAUGAUAUGUGCCUCUCCAAAGAAAGCCCAAGGUGAGAAAGUGAUGGAUGCUGUUGAAGCUUUUGGGGUUUGCCAGUCCAACCAAGUGACGACGCUCACCGUAAGCGUUCCCCCCACUCCAGCCAAUGUCUCCGAGCCUGAACAUCACCCAGCAAUUUUGGCUUCACCUAUUCCUUCUGGAAAGAGAGCUGAAGGAUCUAUCAGGGGCCCAACUUCAUCAGCGGUUACCGAGCCAGCAGCACUUCCCCCAGAUCAAGAUUUGGAGCCUGUGUCCUUUCAUAAGAUUGUUGCAGGAAGUGUGGCCCUGUUUCUGUCUGUUGCCAUGAUCCUACUGGUGAUCUACGUAUCGUGGAAACGCUAUCCUAGCAGUGUCAAGCAACUGCAGGAGAAUUCCUCGACGGCCCGCAAGCGGCGCAAGAAGUCAAAAGAAACGGAACGCACCUUGAGCUCUCCCCUGCAGGAGUACUAUGUGGACUAUAAACCCAACAAUUCAGAGGCCAUGGAUGUUCUCGUCAAUGGGACCGGAACCUGCACUUACACCAUCUCAGGCUCCCGAGAAUGUGAGGUUCCUCAUCAGAUGGGCGCACUGACCUUCUACCGAUACGAGCAGCCGAUCGUAGACUACUGCCAAGCUCAUCAACCCCUGCGGCUAAACAUGGGCUAUGAGGGCCCCCCUCAGUGUCUGGAGGGCCUCGAAGACCUGGGGCCUUGUGAGAGGGCCACAAUACAGACAGUGGCGCUCCCGGCCGUGCCCGCCGCUGCCACCAUAGGGCCCUCAAUGCCAGGGCCCCGUUCACCCCCACCAGCACUCAGGCCGACGACCGAGGCUCCCAGCGGCGGUCUUCCCACUGAGCGCACCGGCACACUUAAAUUUGGACGCUAGCAAGCUGGACGUCAGCCUCUGAUGAAUUGUGACUUGAGAAUAAUGGGGCAGCUGAGCUGGUUAUUGACCUCGGGUUUGGAACGUUAGUAAGAAGAAAGGUUUUAGUUUUCAUGUUACACACAAUCUGAGCGAAUACACAGUCCCCCGGGAUAACGCGUUAUUUUCCGUAACGGCGAAUUGACGAUGGUCUGGGACAUAUAAAAACAGAAGUUUAUUUUUCAAAUUGUGUACGGUAUGUUGUUUUUUUUUUGCCAUUUCAACAGAAAGGGUUGUGUUUUUGCAAGGUUGUGACAGUGCAUGUACUCUUGACUGUUGGGACAGAAAGGAGUACAACAGGCUGUUGAACCAAUUUCGAUCAUUAUUUCAAAAGGAUCAGUCCUCUCUCACAGUGAACGAUUACCGUGAGCUCGUAUCUGCUUUGUUUGACUUUUAAUUUUAGAUGUGCGAUCAAAUUAAUUCUGUCCGUAUACAUAUCAAACCAAAGAGUUACAAAAAAAAAAUUCUUCGUUAAACUGAACGUACGUUGAGGGCAUUUCUUAAAAUAUGAAAAACAAGCAUCUUUGCCAAAUUGUUGCACACAAAACUAAAUGUCUGAGGUUUUGUUUGAAACAAAUUGGCAUCGGAAUCAGAUCGUGAUGAGUUGGCGUUCAUCGAGUAGUUAUAGCCUGUAAAACCGUUCCACAGCAACACACUUUAAAUGUACAAGGUCCUGUUAAAAGACUGGCAGACCUUUUGUAGACGCGUACAGCCCAACAACAAGAUGCUGAACCUGUGAGCAAAAAUGAUUGCCGAGUCAUGUACAUACUGUAUCCUUGAAGAGGUCCACUGACCACUCUCACUGCCCCAUUUGGAAUCAUGAUGGACUUUGAUUAUAAGAGGAAAAUUCGGAGAGCAUCAUCUCUGACCUUUUUUUGCUCCCUGAACCCCCCCACGCCCCCCACC